AUGGCCAAAUUAUCCACGUUACGUAUUGAACUUACUCGAUCAGAAGCGACAUCUUUAACUGUCUCAUACAAUGGAAGGAUGCGCUUGGACCUUGAUUACCAAAUUAAAAAAUUCACAGCUAACCAGGAAAGACGUCUGCUUUCCGAAACCAUGACGAAAGAGCUCUUCCACUACAUCAGACAAAAUGCCAAGCUUCGGCCAUAUAUCCCGACAUUAUCCAACUCUGCAGGUUCUUCUUUCACCUCUGACAAGGGAAGAGCUGAUGCUUCGGAAGAGUACUUCGCAAGUGUGUUUGCAGUUGAUAGCACCAGUGAUGAAUAUUAUCGUGCGGCUUUUGUGAGAUUCCGAAACGCCUCUCCGAAGUUUCCGUUGAUUCCCACGAAGCUUUCAGGAUUCUGUAGAGUCUCACAACUUCCACCUUCGAAGUUUACGACGGUAUUCCUCAGAUUCUAUAAGAAAGAUGCGCCACUUCGCUUUGUCAUCCUCUAUCUCAUAUCUUAA